GGAAAUAACAGAUGCGGGUGAAAGAUCCAACGAAAGUGUUAUCUGAGAAAGCCAAAAGAAGUAAACGGCUAACUAUACCUCGUGAUGAAGACUCCUCUGAUGAUGUUGCUGUAGGUUUAACUUGCCAACAUGUGAGUCAUGCUGUCAGCGUGAAUCAUGUGAAGAGAGCAAUAGCUGAGAAUCUGUGGUCAGUUUGCUCAGAAUGUUUAAAAGAAAGAAGAUUCCAAGAUGGGCAGCCAGUACUUCCUUCUGAUAUUUGGUUGUGCCUCAAGUGUGGUUUCCAGGGAUGUAGUAAAAACUCAGAAAGCCAACAUUCACUGAAGCACUUCAAGAGUUCCAGAACAGAGCCUCAUUGUAUUAUAAUUAGUCUGAGCACUUGGAUUAUAUGGUGUUAUGAGUGUGAUGAAAAAUUAUCAACGCAUUGUAAUAAGAAGGUUUUGGCUCAGAUCGUUGAUUUUCUCCAGAAACAUGUCUCUAAAACACAAACAAGUGCAUUUUCUAGAAUCAUGAAACUUUGUGAAGAAAAAUUUGAAACACAUGAAAUAAAGGGAGGAAAAGUCAGCAGUAUACCAACUGUAAGAGGAAUUAUGAAUUUAGGAAAUACUUGCUUUUUUAAUGCAGUCAUGCAGAACUUGGCACACACUUACAUUCUUACUGAUCUGAUGAACAAUAUCAAAGAAAAUAGUACAAAGCUCAAGAUUUUUCCUUCUUCAGACUCUCAACUGGACCCGUUAGUGGUGGAACUUUCGAGCCUUGGACCACUGGCCUCAGCUUUGUUCCUGUUUCUUCACAACAUGGAGGAGACUGAAAAAGGACCACUUUCUCCUAAAGUUCUUUUUAAUCAGCUUUGUCAGAAGGCACCUCGAUUUAAAGAUUUCCAACAACAGGACAGUCAGGAGCUUCUUCAUUGUCUGUUGGAUGCAGUGAGGACAGAAGAAACAAAGAGAAUACAAGCUAGCAUUCUAAAAGCAUUUAACAACCCAACUACUAAAACUGCUGAUGAAGAAACUAGAAAAAAAGUCAAAGCAUAUGGAAGAGAAGGUGUGAAAAUGAACUUCAUAGAUCAGAUCUUUGUUGGUGAAUUGACUAGCACGGUCAUGUGUGAAGAAUGUGCAAAUAUCUCCAUGGCAAAAGAUUCUUUCAUUGAUAUUUCACUUCCUAUCAUAGAAGAAAGGGCUUCCAAACCUGUCCUUUUGGGAAAAAUGAGUAAAUAUAGACCACAGGAGACGCAUCAUGAUCAGUACAGUGGCACUGUUACUAUAGAAAAUGCUCCUCACCCCAAAGCCACCAAGAAGCAUUCUGUAUCUAAACACAAGAAUCAACUAAGUCAUGACCGAAAACUUGUAAGAAAGUUGUCAGCCGGAGAAACUGUUGUCAUAUACCGAAAAAAUGAAAACCUUGAAAUGAAUGGGGAUUCUUUAAUGUUUGCAAGCAUCCUGAAUACUGAGUCACCUCCGAAUGAAAGCCUCACCGAUGGCAGCGAAAAAGAAGCCAGCCACUGUGAGAGUAGUGUUGAUGCCGACAGUGAGGCUUCAGAAUCUGAAAGUACUUCAAAGCAGACCGGGCUGCUUAGAUACAGGAGUGGAUCCAGUGUGCACGCAGGUGGACACCUCAGCCACCCAUCAGCAGGUGAACUGCCACAUACGAAGGAGACUCACAGUGGUGAGGAGGAAGUGGCUGAAGCUAUUUCUGAACUUGGUUUGAACAGCACUGUACCCGGAGAUAAAGAUUUUGACAGAGUAAAUCAGCCACUAAAUGUUUUAAAUAAUUUAUGUUUUUCAGAGGGGAAGCAUUUGAGGUCUCACAGUCCUCAAAAUGCUUUUCAGACCCUUUCUCAGAGUUAUAUAACCACUUCUAAAGAAUGUUCAGUCCAGUCCUGUCUCUAUCACUUUACAUCUAUGGAAUUAUUAAUGGGGAAUAAUAAGCUCCUCUGUGAGAACUGUACUGAAAAGAAACAGAAGUACCAAAAGGAAACCAGUUUUGCAGAAAAGAAAGAAGAAGGGGUUUAUACUAAUGCCAGGAAGCAACUGCUCAUUUCUGCUAUUCCAGCUGUUCUAAUUCUCCAUCUUAAAAGAUUCCAUCAGGCUGGCUUGAGUCUUCGUAAAGUAAACAGACAUGUAGAUUUUCCGCUUAUGCUCGAUUUAGCGCCAUUCUGUUCUGCUACUUGUAAGAAUGUAAGCGUGGGAGAGAAAGUUCUCUAUGGUCUCUAUGGCAUAGUGGAACAUAGUGGCUCGAUGCGAGGUGGUCACUACACUGCUUAUGUGAAAGUGAGGACACCUUCCAGGAAACUACUGGAACACAUCACUGGAAAGAAAAAUGUGCCUAGUUUCAAAGAACCUGGUAGUGAAUCGGCAGGCCAGUGGGUCCAUGUUAGUGACACUUACGUGCAGGUGGUUCCGGAAUCAAGAGCCCUUAGUGCCCAAGCUUACCUUCUUUUUUAUGAACGAGUAUUAUAAGUAUUCAUGGUAAUGAUUACUUAGGUCGCUUUUAUUUGAAUCCUGCGAUGAUGACUGUAGUCUGUAACGUGCCUUCGUCGUCGCCUCUCUCCCGUAGGGUUAGCCUGUACCUCGAAUGCUCCUGAACUUUGUCACCAUUGUGGUAAACCCUUUUCAAGUAAAUUAAAUGUACUCAAUGCUUUCCCAUGUAAAUUCUUAUAAAUGUAAACACUUUUUUCAAAUUAUUUGUCCUGGGGACAAAAAAUGACCCCAGAAUUUACAGUAGGAGCAGAAACCCCUUUAUGAUGCGGCUCAUUAUUAUAGUCAUUCAGAAAUGAUGCUGGCUAAGUCACAUCAUCUCUUGAGACAGCGUUUCCUAAAUGUCACACCACCUUCUGAUUUCAUAUGUGUUCAAUGCCAUUGUUUACUUAUUUUUUAAGACAUUUUAGCCUUUUUAAAUUUUAGCUUUGUUUUGAGCAAUCAAAUUCUAUGUUUAUUGUACUUGUUAUAUUUUCCUAAUAAACAUUAAAUAUAUAACACUUAAAGAAAAAUUGUUUAUCCAUGCACCACUCUGCUUGCAAUCAUCUCAGGGUUAAGUAUAGGUGUCCUACUGUGUAGGAAACACUGCUAUGACAUAAUUUCAGGAAGUAACACCUAAUAUGGCAUAGUUACUUAGUCGUAUUUUCCAUAAUUCAGCCAUAUUGAAAGGUUUCGGUAUAAUUUCCAUAGUGUGGGUUUACAAAUAAUAUAUUGAUUAGCUUAUUGCCUUGUAGUUUUGAGAAACAAAUAUAUUGAAACCUUUCAUAAACAUAUUUGCAGCCUAUUCAUGGUGGAGUCAAGGAUAAUUUACAAGUGGUCGGCCAAGGUCA